CUAGUUAUGCAUGCGCAUGCAGCUAGCGAUGGGGGAAAAAUCGCCGAUACAAUGAAAAAGAAAUCGCGAUUGGUUGAAUUAAUCGCGAUUUUGGUUGAGGCUGGAGACCGCCCGCAUCGCCGCCGAGCGCAGCGUCAAGGCCAAUCAAUGCCCACCGCCGACUUCGGUCUCCUCAACAGCUACGAGAACCUCACGGCCCUUGUCUCUGACGCCUUUCUCCCACGGAACCACCUCCCUCGCCGCCGAUCACAACGUUCCGCACCUUAUCUUCCAGGUCACCGGCCUCCCUAAUCCAUCUCCUCUCUCCUCUCGUAUCGUCCUUCCCGGAUCUGGCGGUUGCGCCAUCGAUCGUCGCCUCAGACAGCGAAGAUGCCCCAUGGCGGCCCCAACGCAUCAUCCCCUUCCCCGCCGCCGAUUUGGGUCUCUCCGAUGGCUGCGAGAACAUCAUCGUCACUGUUAGCGAGGGCAGUGUCUACGCCGGUGAGGAUGUCGGAGCCGAAGCACUAGGAGGCCCAGUAGGUGGCGACGCAGGCACCGGUGGCCAUGUCCCGGCCAAAAAGUGACAAUGUUAGACGUAGAACAUCUAUUAAUGUUGUAGGUCUAAUUCUACAUAUUAUUAUUAUUAUUUAUUACUUGGAGAUUACUAGAAUCUGAACAUCUAUCGAUAAUCUGUCUAAACUUCUUCUUGACCAUAAGCUGAAUCAUAUGCUGAAAUUUUAGAAAGAAAAGCCAAAAAGGAAUAACAAAUUUAGAUCACCAAUUUCUUUUCAAUGCUUUGUGACAAGGUUCUGCUUAUUGUGUUAAAUUUGUUGUAUAAUUAUUUUUUCUUUGCUAAAAAAUGUAAAACAAAACCAGAAGAUAACGAUAUGGAAUGAUCAUGGCAAGCUUAUUCUAUUGUCCUGGUGAUCAAUUUAUGACUUAGAAAAAUUCAACCUCUCCCCUAACCCAUGAACUUAAUCUGGAUUCUAAUCCAGUUGCUCUCCUGGGAAAUUAAUCUCAGGCGGAACCAGAAUCUCCCACAAGUUUAUAAUUGUUUCAUAUCUUUAUAAUUCUGAAUAAACUUGAUGACAAUUUGUAGCCUAUCAAACUUGGCACAACAUCCUUGAGUAGUCUAGAUCAUCUCCUAUGCUUUCUCAUGGGUUCUUUUAAGGUUAUUUAAUUAGUUUUGAAAUUGGAAGGAUCCGACUUGUAUCAAACUACUUUUAACUAUUCCCCCCCUUGGGCAUGCUCUUGGAUGGUGCAAAAGCCCCCAUCAUGGUGAAAGAAAUGCCAUUUUCAUGCCGACUUCUGAGGACACAUGAAUUGGGAAUGAGGAUCUUAUACAUGUAUAUAUGAAGAAAAAGAGAAAAAAUGCAAGCAUGGCUAAAGGAUACUAUCCACCAGACAUCAUGCUUUUCUUACUUCUUUCUGAAGAGGUUCUACUCCUCUAGAUAAGUUAAAAAUGUUUGUUAAAUAGUGGAUACACGGCAUGUAAUUCCUUCACCUCUUUCUUCAAACAAAUUGACUUAGUAUCUUUUGUUCCAUGGAGAUCUCUGUUUCCAUAACAGAUAAUGAUGUUAGAAAAGGGGGAAUAGUAAGCCUGGUUUCUCCAAGAAAUCCAACACCUACAAAGACUGUGUAUCUUUCAAAUAUAGACCAGACAGUGGCUUUUCCUGUUCAGACAGUAUUCUUCUAUGAAGUCCCACCAGGUGGUGGAAUCCCAACAUUUGAUGUAACUGAGAGAGUGAGGAUAUCAGUAUCUGAGGUUCUUUUGAUCCCUUACUAUUUUAUGGCUGGUAGGCUCAAUUUCAACCUCCAAACAAAGAGGCUGGAGCUUGUCUGCAACAAUGCUGGGGUCUUGUUUGUUGGUGCAACAUCGCAUCUUAGGUUGAAUGAGCUUGGGAAUCUGUCCCUACCAAAUCCUUCAUUUCGGCAUCUUGUUCUUCAAACAGAAGGGUUCGAGAGCUUCGCUGAGACUCCCAUUUUCACAAUUCAGGUCACGAGAUUCAAAUGCGGAGGAUUCUCGAUUGGUUUUGUUACAAACCACAGCAUACUUGAUGGCAGAUCAGCAGCUGAGAUGUUUGAGAAUCUUGCAUCUAUCUGCAGGGGAGAAGGCAUGAAGACCCAUGAGCUUAACAUUGAUAGGUCAUGCAUCAGAGCAAGAGACCCACCUCAGAUUAAGUUCAAGCAUACAGAAUAUACCAAGCUAGCAGAAGCCACCUCCCUUGCAUCCUCCUUUACUUCACCAAUCCAACCCCCAACAUCCACUACUCUCACAGGGCUCUUACCAGACCAUGAGUUCAGAAUGUUUUCUUUCAACCCUGACAUGAUCAGAUGUCUCAAGGAGAAGGCUAUGACCAAGUGCUCAAGCUUUGAGGCCAUUGUGGCUCACAUAUGGAGGGCAAGAACGAAGGCCAUCUUCGAUAACCUAGAUGAAAUCUCCUCUGUUCUGUUUGCAGUGGACAUAAGGUCUAGGAUGUCACCACCUUUGCCACAAGGGUUUAGUGGCAAUGCUGUGAUCACGGCCUCAGCUAGUGCUAAGGUGGCAGACUUGGGUGAGAAGCCUUUCUCCUUCUGUGUGGAGAUGGUGAAGGAGGCUAUAGAGAGGGUCACAGAUGAGUAUGUCAGGUCUGGAAUAGACUGGCUGGAGGUUUAUAAAGGGAUGCCUUCCACUCUGAAUGGAAACUUCUUUCUUUCUGCUUGGUGGAAACUUCCUUUCUAUGAGCUGGACUUUGGGUAUGGGAAGCCUCUCUAUGGUGGGCCUGUGGCUGGUGGGAUGGGUGAAUUUGUGUUGCUGCUCUCCAGUGGUAAUGACAUGGGAAAAAGGGGUGGUGUGAAUGUGUGGAUAGCUUUGGAGAAAGAUAAAAUGGAGAGAUUCUCAUGUCAUGUUUUCGAGAUAUGAAGAGAGAGAGGAUCCUUAUUUGGUGCACCUGAACAAUGAGCUUUUAUAUGUUUACAUCUGCAAAAGAUGGCAAUCUAUCUUACAUCCUUUUUGUGUGAACAUGGAACCAUGGAAGAAGCUAGUUUAAGAUGGCAAGAAUGAAGAAGGGAUUGAAAGCCACCAAGCACUGUUUCUUUGUCAUUUGAGACUCCAUCUGGCAAUGUGAUUUCUGGUACCUUGGAAAUGAGAAUCUUGGGAUUGUGGAAUCACAGCCUUCCCUGGAUUUCUUCCUCUUUGAGUCCUAUCACUGCCUCCUCUCCUAGCACCUUGUUGUUUUCUUUUCCAUUUUUCCCCUCUUCUUCUUCUUCCUGUUUUUUUUUUCCUCUUUUUUGCUGUGUUCUCACAGGUAUGCUCUUCCUUGUGUAUCAAUUGCCUCUUAUAAUCUUGAUCUUGUUGUCCUUGGGACCAUGCUUUCAAUGUAAACAAAUAUUAUCUUCAUCAAAAUUUAAUUCAAACUUUAGCAGCCAUUUUCUUUUCA